AUGAUCAUUUUUGGCUGGAUGCUUUUUAUUGGAUUUGCAUGUUACAUGGGCACAUUUCCAGAAUUAAUGCCUCCAAAUCAGAGCUGGAGAGUAAGGUGGCACGUUCAGAAGAAGGCACAAUUGAGGAACCAGGCUUUGGAUGAAAAUCAGCAACAGUGA